AUGUACAAACCCUCGCACUCAACCCAUCUACCCUGGAAGCUCAACAUCAACAUCAAGCAAAAUCAGUUCCCCAACCCUCUCAAAACCCACCCUAAACCACCAACCGCCACCGCACCCACAACUCCCAAGAACCCCUUCCACGAUACCGGCACUGUCACCGUCACCGUCCUAUCUCCUAGAAACCCCACCCGAACGGCCUUGGAUACUACUAAACCAUAUUCAUGGUUCAUACAUAAACUAGCGCCUAGGCCUAAGAAGGUUAUGGAAAAGAAGGGCCGGCUAGUGUUCUAUCGGCAACAUGAGAAGGGUGGACACUUCGCGGCUCUUGAGUGGCCUGCGGAAUUCCUACAGGAUAUUCAGGAUUUCAUGGAGGCAGUUUUGAAAGAGCGGGCCCGCCGCAUCAAAUGCGACGAAAAUAAACCGUCCUGCUUACGCUGCACAUCCAGCCAGCGGACCUGCACCUACACACCUCCUAACGGGAAACCGCCCCGCCCGCGGUUCCGCGUGGUCGUCUACACGGCGCCCCGGCCAUCACCGUCGCCGAAUCUCUCGCUCGCGACGAACCCGCAAGAGCGAGAAGCGCUGGAAUUUUUCGUCCGGGAGUCGUGCGAUCGGUUUCCGUUGGAUUUCUCGCAUGCGGUGUUGCGCGCGGCGGGCGAGGAGCCGGUGCUAGCGUCCGCGAUCAUGUCGUUUGGGGCGUUGCAGCGGGUGUUUGAAUUUGACAAAGUUAAGAGAAGAGCGACGGAUAAAUGGACUGAGCGAAUGCGAUUCGCGACGCAGCACUACGGCAAGGCUCUUCGGAUGUUGCAGUCCCGCGCGAGAAACCAAACGCACGACGUGACGCUGAUUUGCAGCGUGCUGUUUGCCUGCUUUGAGUGUCUCCGGGGGUGUCGGCGCGCGGCGAUGAUUCAUAUCGCUUCGGGGUUGAAUCUGCUGCGACAGGUAGAGGAGACGGCAGGGACGGAUACUUGGGGGAUUAUGUCUCGGGGCACGAUCCGGGGGUUGUUUACGAGGCUGGAUAGUCAGCUUGUUGAAAUCUUGGGGAUUGGGGUCGGUGAAACGCUUAAAAAGAAUGGGAUUCGAGCGCCGAAGGCCAUGGUAUCCGCUUUGCAUGCUGAUGCAGAAUCUGAACGAGUGGACAUGCAUGGAUUGCUGGAUGAGCUGCUGAAUGCAAUCUUGAGGGAGAAACUGGAUAGUCUGGUAGAGAUGCAGGGGUUAGGUGCCGCGUCUACGUCGACCAUGCUACUGUCUGCGUUGAAUACGUGGCAUUCGCGAUUUGAUCACUCGGACUCAGACUUGAAGAAAUGGUCAUUAGAAACGAAUGACGACGAUGUCAUACUUCGCAUCUGGUAUCUCAUUGGCAAGAUGUAUCUGACUAUUCGGCCAUCCGAUCCCGAAACCGCCUGGGACCGAUUCUCCGGUGAAUUUGAAACGAUACUCUCUCUCUGUGAGAUCUACAUCUCUGAAUCUAGGAAGAAGCGCGCACCCAGAAACCACACGUUCGCCUUUUCACUCGGUGUCGUCCCGCCUCUGUUUAUCACCGCGCAGCGAUGUCGGAAUGCGUGCAUCCGCCGUCGCGCAAUCCAUUUACUUUCCACUUGUGAGCGGAGAGAAAUAUUUUGGGACUCUGCACUAGCCGCAGAGGCUGCGCAGCGCAUAAUAGAGAUCGAAGAGUCUGCAACAUUUGAUACAGAAACUCAGCAACCGGUUGAUAUGAGGGUGAGAAAUUUAACGGCCGUUCUGGACGAUGAAGACGGCGCAAAGAUUUUGUUACAAUAG